UGUAGAAUAAUAUAAUAAUGCGUUUUUACCAGUUUUACCUAAUUCAAUUUCAAUGGGCAAAACCUAGAUUCCUACCCUUUAAUGCAUUAAUUAAUAAAUAAAUAAAUAAUUUCAAUUCGAGAGCUGACUCUUUAUAUAAUUAAAUAUAUCAAUUUCUCUGUUUUACUUUUACACGCAUAUUUAAGUGUGUAUAUGUGUGAACAAUACACACAAAUUUCUUCUUCUUCUACUUCUUUCUCUCUCUACACUCGAAUGCUCUCUCUCUCUUUCUCUCACACACAGUGACACACACACAGAGAGACGAUAAGAAGAAAUGAGGAGCGGAUAUGAUGAUGAAGAUCAUCAUCAAAUUAGGAUUAACGAUAACUUGCAGAAAAGAAUUUACAUGCCAAUGUUCUGCCGUUUGUCGGUUAAAGACGUUAAAUUAAACGAUCAUUACAGAGAUCCCAUUUCCUCCGGCGAACCCUCCUCCCCUAAAGUCACCUGCAUCGGCCAAGUCAAACGAAACAACCGUGUCACCGGUUAUCCCUCCGCCGCCGCCGCUGCCGCUGCCGCCACCGUCAACCACCACCACCACCACAACAACAAACCCAUGAUCAAGCUCAACAAACUGUUCUCCGCCAGCAAAACCCAGCUCUUGCCCAGCACCGCCGCCGCGAAAACCAGCACCUCCUCCUCCGGCGGCGGCGGCGGAGGAAGAAGUGGGAGCAGAAGCUGCAGAAUUGGAAGAGAAAUGCGUGUGAUUAAUUCGAGAAGACGAAGGGUGAAGACCACUGAUUGUGAUCGAGAUCGAGACUGUGUCGUUGCUGCAGAGGUGGUGGAUAUUGGUGGAAUGGAUCCGCCGUUGCCGGUGGUGAAGAGGGUGCCGCCGCCGGAGGUCAAUAUCUGGAAGAGAAGGUUUAACGGGGUUGGGUUGCAAAUCGAACAGAUUCAUUUACCGAACAACAACAAAUUUGAACCACCCCCAACAACUGUAUAAUGAAUUCAUAUUAUAUCAAUUCAAAAUUCAGAAUUUAUACUAAUGUAA